AACGGACCAACCGGCGCUGGGAAACCCACCCAAAGGCAAUUAAGGGUAAAGGACGACAAAAAAUAUUUGAUAAGCUUUUUUUUUUUCUCCCCCUUCUCUCCGUCUCGAGCGGAGGGAUGGCGAUGGAGCUGGAAUGAAGGGCCCGGGUCUCUGUGGGAGACGCGUUCCGGAAAAGAUUGUGAGAUAUCCGAAGCGGAGAUCUGAUUUGGACCGAAAGGCAUCCAGGCUGAAAAAGUAGCCCUCAUCGUGUGGACACAGCUGGGAAAAGUUGCCGAACUUACAUCCAAACGUCUCGAGAGGAUGGCGACUGUGACGCGCACGUAGGAGAAAGCCUUCCUUUUUUUAAAGAAGUUUUGGGAAUAUCUCCGGGAAACUUUUUAUUUUUUAUUUUUUAUUUUCUUUACCCCCGAGGCGCACGCAGGACGUUAAAGCCGCUCUCCGCGCACCCUCUCGCCGGUCCCCUCGUCGAUGGGGGCCGCGCCGGGCUCCGGCUGGGAGGAGGGAGAGUUCGAGUUCAAGUUGGUGUUCGAAGAGGACCCGCUGCCGCGCCACAGCCACCGGCCGUCCCCGGCGCGCACGGCCGAGCCGCGGAGCUCCGUUCCCGGGGAGGAGAGCGAGGGCGCGCCGCUGCGCCUGGAGCCCUCCAGCAGCAGCGGCCCUGUUACGGAGCACUCGAUCGGCAUCCCGAGCCCGCCGCCGUCGGCCAAUCAGCGCGCCGGGAUGCAUUCCCCGCCUCCACGGAGGGCCGCUGCCAGAGACUUCAGUGGGACCUAUGAGAGCCUGCCGGCACGCUCUGUGCAGGUGUCAGAGUCUCGUGUGGUCGAGUGUCCCAGCAUCCAGAUAACCACCAUCUCCCCGGAAGACGACCCAGCACCACCCAUCUCCAGCUACUGGGACAUGGGUGGCGGGGGUGGGUGGGACCGAGAGCGCCUCUACCUCCCCCUCCUGGACCCUUUCACCUACCGCGAGAGGUGCCCCGGCUCCCUCAGCCCCAGCCCCAGCCCCGGCUCCAGCCCUUCGUCCCGCGGCUGGCUCAGCCCCGCCUCCAGCUGCGACUCCCUGCUGGUGGAGGAGGAGGAGCUGAACGAGGCCGCGGUCAGCUUCGGCCUCUCGCCGUCCUCGAGGCCCACGUCCCCCGGGGGUAAAAAACGCAGAAACUCCCCCCUGGCCUCUCCCUGCACCUCACGGAGGGGCAGCUACUCGGAAGAACUGCAGGGAUGUAACCUCGAGGGCGGAGACCCCUCCGCCCCUCAGCCGCAAGCGCCGCCCGGCGGCUGCGAGCUCAGCAUCCCGCAGAAGACCAGGAAGACGUCGUUGGAGCAGCUGUCGUCCAGGGAGGUGGACCAGGAGCCGGCUCCGGGCCACGGCUCCCCCUGCCCGCCGCCGGACGGCCAGCAGAGCAGGCGAGAUCCCCCUUUGCUGGGAAUGGACUACCUCUCUGUGCCUCCCGCCCUCGCUUGGGGACGGACUCGCGCCAGCGCCCACAGCCCUCUGUUCAGGUCCAACGCCCUGCCGCCACUCGACUGGCCGCUGCCGUCCCAGUUCGACCAGUACGAGCUGCGUAUUGAGGUGCAGCCCCGGCCGCACCACAGAGCCCACUACGAGACGGAGGGCAGCAGAGGAGCCGUCAAGGCCACGCCAACGGGACAUCCGGUUGUCAAGCUGUGUGGAUACGCGGAGAGGAAGCCGCUCUCCCUGCAAGUCUUCGUGGGAACAGCUGACGACCGGUCAAUCAGGCCACAUCCUUUCUAUCAGAUACACAGGGUGACGGGGAAGAUGGUGGGCACCGCCAGUCACGAGAGCGUCCAGGCGGGGACCAAAGUGCUGGACAUCCCCCUCAGCCCCGAGAACAACAUGACGGCGCUCAUCGACUGCGCCGGCAUCCUGAAGCUGAGGAACUCGGACAUCGAGCUGAGGAAAGGGGAGACGGACGUCGGGAGGAAGAACACUCGCGUCCGUCUGGUGUUUCGCACCCACCUCCCUCUGGCGCCCCCCGCGGCCCCGCCGGGUCGCGUCCUGGCUCUGCAGGCGGCCUCUUUGGCCAUCGAGUGCUCUCAGCGCUCGGCUCAGGAGCUGCCCGUCAUCGAGUCCGUCAGCCUCGCCUCCUGCUCCGUGGAGGGCGGAGAGGAGCUUCUGCUGAGCGGCUCGAACUUCCUGGCCAUCUCCCGGGUCCUUUUCAUGGAGAGAGGGACAGAUGGUAAACUACAGUGGGAGGAGGAGGCUCAUGUUGACCGUGACAACAGCAAUGAGAGCUUGCUGUGCGUGAGGGUCCCCGCCUACAGCGACCUGUCCGUCACUCGGCCCAUGUCCGUUAGUCUUUACGUCUCCAACGGGAAGAGGAAGAGGAGCAGCACUCACUGCUUCAAGUACCUCCCCACCACGUUCAAAGAGGAGGACCCGCUGCUGUCCCGGCCCCCCGUGCCACCCCUGGACGGGGGGACUGCGUGCCCAGUGGGGGGUCAACCCGGCAUGGACGGGGGCUUCCACCUGCCCCCUUACCCCUCCACCUACUCCCCUCCCUGCCCCACCAUGGGUUACCACGAGGAGUACUGCCCCAACGGCGACGCCGCCGUGGAGGAGCCCCGGGCGGCCCUCUCCGACCGUCAGCCCAGCUUCGAGAACCUGGAGCUGGGCUUCACCGAGCUCCUUCCCCCCUUGUACCCCCGCGGGCCGCAGCCUCCCUCCCCCUCCCCUUCCCCCUGGCUGGACUCCCCGUACCUUUCCUCCUCGCCCUCUCCCUCCCACUCCUCCUCUCUCAGCCCGUUUCCCGCCGGCAGUCCCAUCUCAACCUCCCCUUACCCCCAGUACUCUGCUUACCCUCAGGACGCGUGUCCCUCACCUCCCUCCAACCCCAGUCCAUAUCAGGACAUGUACCCGGCACCCUACCCCCACUACGAGGGCUGGGACCCCCAGGGAAGGGUGCUCGGGAUGGGACAUGGGGGAGACAGGGAUGCCAAGAUCCAGGACUGCCCCCUGGAGUUCACCAGCUCUUCUAUGCACCACAUUACAUUUGAAGAAGUGACGGAGUACAUCGGGGAAGACAUCCAGUCCUUCCAGUCGGUCUCACGGAUGGACAAUCAGCCAAACUGAGCUCAGAGCAGCUGGUUGGACGUCAUCAGCAGCGUUUCAUAUCUAUUAUGCACUUUGGUAUUAAGAUCCAUCGCUCCAGUUACAUGUGAUGUCGGCAGAGCGGUUCGAUUACCGGGAGACUGUCUAUAAAAAUGACACAGGUAACUGUUUUAUGUGCUUUUAUAAAGGGAAACUAAUUCAACAUAUAAAUUAUACAAGGAAGUUCAAAGGUU